CUUAUAACGCCUCUUAACCUCUUUUUUCCAAGGGUUUUUCUUGUUCAAAAGUCACAUGAUGUCAACAAACUGGUUGCAGUUUUCCGUUAGGCGUUAGACCUUUCCAAAACCUCUCAUUUCAAGGCGUACAAGGAGUAAUGCAGAAUGCUGUCUAAAUUCUGUUUAACCCUAAGGGGAUUCCCCCACGGUACGGAGUAUGUCACUUUGGUACGAUAUCACUAACCAAUACAAACUUUCUCCAUUAUAGGUCUGAGAGUAUCUGUUCUUUUGAUAGCCUUUCUGUCGGUUCUUGGCAAGGGCCUUCAAGUUAUACCAUUUGAUAACAAGAAAAUGCGAUCAGUUUUUAUCAACAUAGGGCAGUUCCUUCUAAUGGCCGGAGGACCAGUGGCCAUUGGGGCUCCACCCCUGGUAUCUGCGACAUGGUUCCCCCCAAGCGAACGUACCACAGCUACUGCGAUUGGGACAUUAGCUGGAUAUUUUGGAAUCGCCAUUGCAUUUGCUGUGGGACCAGCCAUGGCACCCAAUGAGGUUAUGCGAGCCAAUGUCAGUAAUUCAUCACUUUCAAAAUAUGCAGAUCAUGAAAUAAUUAAGUACACAUAUUUCGAACUUGGAUUAUGUAUCGCUGUAUUUUUGUGUGUACUUCUGUACUUUCCUGCAAGGCCACCUGUUCCUCCUAGUCUCACUUCUGGGACACCACAUUUGCUCAGCACUACAGCUUCAGUCAAACAAGCCAUGAAAAACCGCCAAUUCGUACUGUUGGCCACACUGACUGGGAUGACAUUUGGCGUUUAUUUUGGUUGGUUAUCUAUGCUGGAUGUUUUCUUGGCUGAAUUUUCUGUGGAUGCUACUACUGCUGGAUGGCUUGGCUGUACCGCUACAUUAGCUGGAGUUGUCUCUGGUAUUGCAUUGGCCAGGUAAUUCAAUAGAUCUAAGCUAAUGUUCUGCUAGUCCUCAUUAGAGAUUCAAUACUGAGUUCCGGGUAGACACUCUACCCAAUUAUAGUCCCUCUCCACUAGGGUGUCAGCAGUAACAGUUGGUUGGGUAUCUGGGCAAAAAUUGACAUUCGAUCAUGGUUAUGUACAUGCAGUCAUGGAAGGGACAUGCCUCCCCAGUUGGGGAGACCUCUGUAUGAAAAAGGCAGAGAUGCUUUUUUUUCUCGCUUAGAGGUAUUAGUCAAGGAUUCUGGUCCAUUUUUAGGCUCAAUUUCUGUGGUUCUCUUGAGUCCAGUCUACUAGUGCGGGCUCCUUUCCUGAACAGUGGCUUGUAAUCAAGUUUAUUUCAUUUUUAGUGGUACCUUUUAGGGGUCAAAUAAAGCUUGAAUCACACCCAGGUUGCUCUUUUUUAGGGGUUAAAUUCAAAUUUUCUACUGAGCACCCCCAACCUUUUCAUAAGGUAUCCCCCUCCUCUGGGAGGCAUGCCCUUCUCCAAUUUUUCCUACAAUGCAGGUUAGUACGUUUACCAUAGCUCAACUUUUCUAGGGUACAUUUAGUUAUUGAAAAAACCCUAUGGAAAAUAACUUGACCAACACACCUAAUGGCUGAGGUAUCUGAGUAUUUUAAAGCAUUACCCAGUCCAAGGUAAGAAAAAAGGGAUGCAGUCAGCCUACUGUAGGGAUUUCAAAGGUGUGGCAUUUUCUAGGGAGGACUAUAAAAACACUUUGCUUUUUCU